GUGGAACAGUUGAUAUAACAAUUCAUGAAGUCUGUGAGAAUGGUAAAAUAAAAGAAGUACAUGCUGCCUGUGGGGGAGAUUGGGGUGGAACAUCUGUUGACAAGGAAUUUGAAGCUGUAAUUCUUGAAUUGGUAGGUACGCAGCUCUUUCAACGUUUCAAGAAUGAAAACAUGGAAGAUAACCUCGAAUUUUGGAGAAACUUUGAAGUGAAAAAAAGAGUAAUUGCACCAUCAAGCAAUCGAGCAACCACAAUUCCCAUCCCUUUAUCUUUUAUUGAAACAUUCAAAGAUACAACAAAUAAAAACUUGACGGAAGCUAUUUCCAAAUCACAAUAUGCUAAAGAUAUCGAGAUAAAGUUCGGCAACAAAAUGGCAAUUUCAGCAAACAUGAUGAAGUCAUUUUUCGACAAUUCUAUAAACAUUAUCAUACCGUUUGUUAGAACAAUACUUAAAAGUAAACCUGUCGCAGCAAUUCUCAUGGUUGGUGGAUACUCAGAGUCCGUUUUGCUGCAAGAAGCCGUGAAAACCAAUUUUCCGAAAAUUGAGAUUGUUGUCCCGGAAGAAACCUCAUACACCGUUAUGAGAGGAGCGGUUAUAUUUGGCUUCAUACCGACAAUUAUAUCAAAACGUGUCUUGAAGUAUACAUAUGGCGUGCGAGUGACAAAUAAUUUUUUAAAGGGAAAACACCCAGAGAGCAAACGCAUACAUUCAGAUGCUGGUGACCAAUGUAGUGAUGUAUUUGACAAGCAUGUUGAGAAAGACCAGGUAGUCAAUGUUGGUGAGACACAGGUUUGGAGUGUUUAUUCUCCUUUGUACAAGACACAAAAAUAUGCAACCAUAUCAGUUUAUGCUUCUGAGAAGUCAAACCCAGAAUAUACGGACCAAGACUGUGAUUUCGUUGGAAUGAUGACUGUAGAUUUGAGCGACGCCGGUGAACUUGACCGGAAAAUUGAAGUAGCACUUUCAUUUAGCUGUACAGAAAUCGUUAUUGCAGCUAAAGAAAUAAAAACGGGCAAAGAAACACACGCAACCAUUGAUUUUCUCGGAUAG